UCCUCUCUUAUUCUACAGUUUUGUAACAUCAUUGUUCCCAGCCUUGGAUCUCACUGGAUCAAGUCUAUGAAUGGCAAAGCUAAGAUCUAGUACCCCAUCUUUUGUCAGCUUGUGUAUUUUGAAUCUUGUCCUGAACUUCAAGAUCAUAGCAUUAGCAGAUGACAAUGGAAGUAUUAGUAGUGGUUUUGCAUCGGAAAGUGCAUGCAAGAACAUAAAUUAUCAAAUUUUCCUCCCUCCACCUUAUCAGAAUAUAUCCUCCAUGAUAUGCAAACCUGUUUGGCAUACCUAUGAAUUGAGAUACACUAAGAUUGGUGAUACCACAACUAUCAUAUUAUCUGCUCCCUACACUGUUGGGUGGGUGGGAAUUGGAUUUUCCAGAGAUGGCAUGAUGGUUGGUUCCAGUGCAAUGGUGGGGUGGAUUAAUAAACAUGGUCAUGCAAAAAUCAAGCAGUUUUAUUUAAGGGGCAGGAAGCCAUCAGAAGUCAUUGUGGACAAAGGUGAACUUCCUCUAAACAAUAUGCCAGCAGCUGUGGCAAUAAAUGGGGCUGACAUUCAUUUGGCAUUUCAGCUGCAAACAACAGUUCCGUUUGGGAAGCAACCAAUUUUAUUGGCUUUUGGUACUAGACAUCCACAUGAACACCAUUUGUCAAAGCAUGAUGCCACGACAGCAAUUGUAAUUGAUUUUUCUUCAGGUUCUACUGAUCCAGCAUCCAAUGGGUUCAUUAAGAUGAGGAAGAGCCAUGGAAUAGUGGGUGUAAUAGGGUGGGGCCUAAUCAUGCCUGUAGGAGCAAUCAUUGCUAGGUACUUCAGACAUAAGGACCCUGUAUGGUUCUAUCUACAUUCUUUCAUUCAAUUUGUGGGAUUUGCAUUUGGGCUCAUCACAGUCCUUCUUGGAAUACAACUCUAUAACCAAAUGCAUGUUCACAUACCAGCUCACAGAGGCAUAGGCAUCUUUGUCCUUGUGCUAAGUAUACUUCAGAUAUUGGCAUUCUUAUUGAGGCCAAACAAGGACACCAAGAUCCGCAAAAUUUGGAAUUUGUACCACAGCUGGUUUGGAAGAAUGGCACUUUUCUUUGCAGCCUUGAACAUAUUGUUGGGGAUGCAAGCUGCGGGAGCAGGGAAUGAUUGGAAGACAGGCUAUGGAUUCCUUGUUAGUGUUAUAAUUGUUUCAGUUAUUGUUCUUGAAGUAUUGGCAUAUUUGAAAAGGAAAGAGCAUUCUCUCCCUCCGACCUUCCAAAUGGACUCAGUGCGAGAGGUUGACUUUCCAAGUAGUAAUCUACCUAAAGGGUGAAUGUGUUUUAGUUUUCUACUCGUACAAGCAGCCAUUCAGCAAAUCCAAACUAAAGAUCACAUUGGCAUGAGCUGGAUUAUUGAGCUUUUUGGAUGUAGAUAUAUAGCCAACUAGAAGUUUGCCAAGAUGGAGAAUCCAAACGUUUGGCUUGGCUUCCUCACUUGAACUUGAGAUUGCACCUUUUUGCUUUCUUCAUUGGGUUUCUGCUGCCGCAUGGUUAUGAAUGUAAUACCUCGGUUUGCAUCCAUAUUGUUGUCUUGUUUUUCUGUAAAAAUGAGUUGAACCUUAAGAAUCAGGUUGGUGAGUGAAUAUAUUCUGAUCAAAUGGCAUAAUCAUAGUUCCUUGCCCCAGAUUAGAAAGAGGAAACGCUUCUUCAAGAAAUUGAUCUUCCAAGAAAAGAGUUUAUGAUAAUUGAUAGCCCUAUGAAAUUUGCACUAAGAUACAGAGUUGGCUGCAUGUCAAUCCUUCAUAAGAUACGAAUUCUUUAUGUCAUUGAUUACAAUUUUUACA